AGCUGAUGGAGAAUGCAGCCCACACGUUUGGGCAGCUGCUCAACAAAGCGGUCCAGGACAACCUUGACAACCCCGGCUCUGCCAUCGACAAGGCCAAACACAGAGUGCUCAAGCAAUAUGACCAUGACAGCAGCACGGUGAGGAAGAGGAUCUCCAGGGAGGCUCUCGUCUCCAUCACUCUGCCCUACAUCAAGAAGAACCUGGCCCCCACCUGCAAAACUGAGCUUCAGAGUCUCGAGCAGACCAUCGACGGUGACCACUCCAACUACAUCCAUGUCGAGAAUGUUUACGAGAUCAUCCUCCUGCAAACUCUGGACAAGGAGGUCACUAAAGUGGUGAAAGAGGCAGCUAGCCUGAAGAAGUACAACCUGUUCACAGACAGCAGAGACCUCCUCAGUCAGUCCAGCCGCUCCAGCCUCUCCUCCCCCUCGCCGGCCGCCUCCACUCCCAACAGCCCCGCCAUGAUGCUCGCCUCCCCCAUCAGAACUUCCUCUGAGCCCCCACCCCUCUCUCCUCUUGCUGUCAAUGAUCUGUCAUUGAGCCCCAAGAAGGAAGAGAAGAUGGAUAACGGUGUGCUGCCAAGCAAAGCCUCGACGGAUGUGACCGCCAUUGAGACACCUCUGGGGAAGGUGGAAGAAAAAGAUGCAGCUCCAACUGUCAGUGAGGAGGCAACACCAACCAAAGCAGAAGAAGUCGUCCAAGCCGUGAAGGAAGAAGAAGGCCUCCCUGUUUCACUGGAGACACCAGAGGUAACAGAUACAGCUAAAAAGAGUGAGACCCAGGAAGUGAAUGUAGAAGUGGCACCUGAGACAGUGAUCCAAGAUAAUGUGUUUGCUGUAGAAACAAAAGCAGUGGAGGUGGCUGCUGAGCCUCAGAUGCAGACCACAGCAGCUCCAAAAGAGACAGAAAUCACUUUGUCCGAAGUGCCCACUGUUGUAGAAAGUCAAAAGAAAGAAGAAGCAGCAUCAGCAUCUACAGAAGCUCCUGUACCAAGUCUUGAUUCUUCUAUUGAGCCAGAAAAAGCUCCUGUACUAAGUCUUGAUUCUUCUAUUGAGCCAGAAAAAGCUCCUGUACCAAGUCUUGAUUCUUCUAUUGAGCCAGAAAAAGCUCCUGUACCAAGUCCUGAUUCUUCUAAUGAAACAGAAAACGCUCCUGUACCAAGUUCUGAAAAAAUGAUUGAACCAGAAAAUGCUCCUUUACCAAGUCCUACCAUUGAACCAGAAAACACUUCAGCAGAAGAAGCUGCUUGCCAAACGUUAGCCAGCAGUGAAGAGGAGUCACACUGUGUAAGCUCAGAAAUCAAGUUGGAGGCUCCCUCUAGUGGUGAAACGCAUGCACUCACACCUGAAGACAUCAGCCUGGACCUGAAGAGACGGGAAGAAGAGACAGUUACUGUCUCUAACCCUAAUUCUCUGGAUGUGUCAGUGGGAAGUGAGUCUGCCCCGUCCGAUGUGGAGUCCAUGGAGGAAGGGAGAACAACGCAGAGCAGUGGGGACGAAGUCUCAACGACCUCGGACGUCUUGGUUGAGGCCAACAUGAGUAAUUCACCCGUCAGCUCAGACGAGCAGCCUGAGGACAAGAUAACAGUCGAUGAUCCGUGUCGUGAGGAACAGACAGAAGCUGUGAGUGAGGACAUUGAGGCAGGUACGAACGUGGAGCUGCUGGUGGAGGCAGAAGAGUCUACAACCUCUCAGCCAGAUGAGUCUACACCCUCUCAGCCUCCCGAGCCCACAGAAGCAGAAACUUCCUCCAGCCCUGAAGCAAGGCCCAUUGAUAGCGUCAAGGCAAUCCGUGACCUGGUGAUGGAGGUGAUUGAGGUGGAGGAGCUGGUGAAGCGUUACCCAAGUGGAGUUCCAACAGAGGAGGAAUGAAGCAUCACAACUGCAUCACUGUGCUUUCGACAAGACGAGACAAAAAUAAUUAGGAGUCUUCUGCUAAAGGGAACCAAAUUAUUUCAAGAAUCAUUACAUACGGUAAUACGGUAGCCUCAAACAGACCUGGAGUCAAAAUGUUUGUUCACAGAGCAGAAACAGGAAAAUACUCCUGAAAAACAUUCACAAAUGCUUCCAUUAACUCUUUUUUUUAAAGCCCAUAUGCAUGAAAUUGUGGUUAAUUAUUUAUACAACUAAUUUACACAAAUCAAUAUAAUCAGCUCUUUCAGGUGUAUAACAUCAUCAAGUUUCUGUCUCUCACAGACUUAGCACCGACUUCUUUAGAGAAACUAGAUUUAGAACUAUUUUACCAAGAUUGUGAAGAAUUUAUGUCAUUAUGCUGUGGUAGAUUAUGAAUUUACUUUGGAAUAAAGUGUGUAAGGAUGUUCUACAAUGUCAGAGUUGGGAGGUGAAGAUAGAUAGCAGUCUGAUAUCUAUAUAUGCUUGAGUCAGGGCAUGGUUAUCCUAGCUUAGCAUAAAGACUGAAAGCACAGGGAAACAACUAGCUGGGCUUUAACCAAAGUUUAAAAUGACAUCUAGCAAAGCUUCAGAAGCUUAUCCAUUAACAUGUCUUACCUUUUUUUAAUUUCAAGACCAACAGAAAUGUUAAACAAUUGGCUUUGAACUAAAGACUUCAUCAGAGUUGUUAUGCUAAGCUAGGGUAAACUUCAUGACUCCAGUUAUGCAAGACACAAGAUUGUUUACUGUCUGAACAGCUAACUUUGGGGGGAAAAGCAAUGUUGAACUAUUCCUCUAAACAGACUACAAGAGAACCUUCACACUAUUGUUGUUAAAUCAGUGAGUUUCACAUUAUUUAGAAACCAAGAUAACAGAUAUGUUUAAUAUAUU